UUGAAAUGUCACAAGGGUGCGAAUUUCAUAGUAAAGGAGGCUUCGAGCGCGGGGGUGAAGAGAGCAAGGGGCGCUAGGGACGCGGGAGGGGUGAGAGGCCCAGAGUCAAGCACGCGACAGCGGCGGGCGAACGCCGCGCUACCCUCCGCGGCUCACGGAAACUACUCACUGGAAAACCGGUAAACUGCCCAAACUGUGAGAUAAACCCGUGUUAAAAAAAAUGCCCAAAAAUUAACUGUGAGUGCUCCCGCGUCUUUGUCGCCUGUUGCGCCCAUCUGCCGCCUUCUCUUGACUACAUUCAACUUCCAAGGCCGCGCCUCUGUGGCCUCAUCGAUAAUUUAGGGUACGCAGUCAUAAUCAACAAUUAUUAAGCGAAACAUUCCAAAGCUCGCUGAAAUAACAGGGUGGUUCGGGGAGGACUGUGAAUAUGACCUAGUGCCCCAUGACUGCGGCACACCCCUCUCCUCCACGCCACACGCGCUCGCCAACCUGACACAUUCCGAAACACUCGUAAACCAGUAUGAUUUGGCGUUGGCUGCUGGUAUGCUGCGUGGCGCUGUGCGCGCGGCCCGCGUACCCGCAGGGCGCGCAGCAGUGCCCGGCGGCCAACACCAUGACCCCCUGCACGUGUACCGUCAAGAAGAACGGCCUGGACAUACUUUGCGAGUUCACCGAGCAACAGCAUAUACAAAAGGCUAUGAACACGCUUCGCUCCAAGCCAAUGAUAAUUUUCUACCUAAAGUUGAGGCACAACAACCUGGCGAAGCUUCCAUCGUACAUAUUCCUGGGCUUGGACAUCCGCCACUUGACCGUGCACAACAGUAGCCUGGCAGUCAUAGAGGACUCUUCAUUAAGUUCAAUUGGUAACAAGCUGACACAGUUGGACGUAUCGCAGAACAGCCUCGCUACGAUACCAACAUCCUCAUUCGCGCAUCUUAACCAUCUGCUCAUUCUCAACAUGAACCAUAAUAAGGUGACAGCGGUCCACAAUAGAGCCUUCGUGGGCCUGGAUACGCUGGAGAUCUUGACGCUCUACGAGAACAGGAUCUCUGUGGUUGACGGCGAGGCGUUCAAAGGCCUAGAGAAGAAGCUGAAGAGAUUGAAUCUCGGCGGGAACGAGUUAACGGCGGUGCCGCAAAAGGCGCUCGCGCUCCUCGAGAACAUGAAGAAACUGGAAAUGCAGGAAAACCGCAUCACUUCUAUCUCGGAAGGAGAUUUUGCAGGCAUGCGGAACCUGGACUCGCUGGGGCUGGCGCACAACCAGCUGCGUGAGGUGCCGGCGCAGGUCUUCUCGCACCUCUCGCUGCUCAACUCGCUGGAGCUCGAGGGCAACCUCAUCCAGAGGAUCGACGAGAAAGCCUUCGCGGGACUUGAAGAAAACCUGCAAUACCUCCGGCUGGGCGACAACCGCCUGCACGAGAUCCCGUCCGAGGCGCUGCGGCCGCUGCACCGCCUGCGCCACCUGGACCUCCGCUCCAACAACAUCACGUACAUCGGCGAGGACGCCUUCACCGGCUACGGGGACUCCAUCACAUUCCUCAACCUCCAGAAGAAUAUGGUCCACCAGCUGCCGACAAUGGGCUUCGACAACCUCAACUCGCUGGAGACGCUCAACCUGCAGAACAACAAGCUGCAGCACAUCCCCGAGGAGAUCAUGGAGCCAAUCCUGGACACGCUGCGAGUCGUUGACAUUAUGGACAACCCGCUGAUCUGUGACUGCGAGCUGGCCUGGUACGAGGCGUGGCUGGCAGGACUGCGCGACCGCGACGACGAGAUGAUGCAGAAGAAACGCACCGUCUGCACUAUGGUCACCGAGCACCGCGAGUACAGCGUCGCCAAGAUGCCACUCGAAAAAAUGAAUUGCAAGAGGAAACCUGCCUACGACCGCCCCAACAGCGCACUCCGCUGUGGCGUCUCCGUCACUCACGUCCUCCUUGCAACCGUCACCAGGUGGCUCUACUAAACGUAAAUAUACACGCUUAAGUUAACCCUUUUAAGUUUCAGCCAAGGCUGCCUUCAAGCUAGCUGUGGCCGGAUAGCUCGAAGUCCCCCUUCGCUUUAUACUCGGUUCGAUAUUUAGUAACGUGAUGAAUUUGUGCGAAAACUCGAUACAUAUCAAUUUGGGCUGAUAAAUUAGUAUUUUGGAGCGGUAGCUUGUGAUAGUAAAGGUUUUAAAGAGUUAAAAGUAAGUGUGAUACUGUGAGUAUUUUUACAUUUUAGAAGACCUCUUACGGCAUGCCUUACUAAUGAGUAAUGUAACAACCAAAGCGUAGUAGUAUAUUAUCGACUACAGUUCGGCAUUUUAUUAGUAUCACUGGAGAUGUGCUUCAUUCUAAAAGAGAUGCGUUGACGCAUCACAUAAUUAUUUGUACGGACUUUGCAUGAACCGUUUUAUGUGAUUACAACAUAAAAAGCUAUACAACUUAGGCACAAAUAUGAUUUGAAACUUUACACAACCUUAAUAUUUUAAAUGAGAACUUCUAAUAUUUUUUAUAGUUUAUCCAUACAAUUUAAAACGUAACCUUAUAAAUACUUACUAGGAAAGCUUUUGCGCAUUUACGAUGUUGACUAUAAAAUAAUAUUACUGUAUUCUACUCUUAUAUCGUGCGAGAUGAGUGGGGCUCGUAUAUUUUAGUUUGCCAUCUAAACUAUUACCUUUUCUUAAUUAUUACACUUUCUGUGAUUCUGGAUUUAUUUCUUCCAAUUAUCUACCUCUAUUUUUCUAU